CGGAACUCGUAACACGUAGAGAGCAUUACAUUAGUUAACGUAGUGAAGUAUGAUAGACUCUCGCUAACAUUUGGGAACAUCUCGGCGAAAAGAAUUGCAGUUUGUAUAUAUCGCGAAACUUCAUCCCCGAAUAUAUUUUAUAGUAGACCAUCAUGGUUAAUAGAAGAGUAUUCUUUGACAUCGAAGUUGGUGGAUUACCGAUGGGUAGAGUAAUCUUUGAGCUCUUUUCUGACAUCUGUCCGAUAACAUGCGAGAACUUUCGCGCCUUGUGCACCGGAGAAAAGGGACUUGGGAAAACAACUGGCAAACCAUUGCAUUAUCAUGGCAUUGUUUUCCACAGGGUUGUGAAAGAUUUUAUGAUUCAAGGCGGAGAUUUUUCAGUAGGCAAUGGAACAGGUGGUGAAUCUAUUUACGGUGGUACAUUUGCAGAUGAAAAUUUUGUUAUGAAACAUGAUAAGCCAUUUUUAUUGUCAAUGGCAAAUCGUGGUAGAGACACUAAUGGCUCACAAUUUUUUAUUACAACACAACCAGCGCCUCACCUCGACAAUGUCCAUGUGGUUUUUGGAGAAGUAGUAUCUGGGCAAGAAGUCGUAACACACAUCGAAGGACUUCCAGUGGAUCGUAUGUCACGUCCAUUACAGGAUGCUAAGGUUGUAAACUGUGGAGAAUUGAUUUUGAAGAUAAAAAAUAAAGUAAAGAAACGUGAAGCGAAGCAGAGUAGUUCGUCGGAUUCGGAGUCUGAUUCCUAUGUCGAUAAGGUAAAGAAAAAAAAGAAGAACAAGAAGAGUAAAAAGAGAACAAAGCUAGAAGAUGGCGAAACUCGAGACUCUAAUGAGGAAGACAACGGGCAACCUCAUCCAUUAGUAUCGAUUACCAAGAUCGAUCCUGACGAAAUUCCAGAAGUACCGGCGAAUAAAUUUUUAUACAGAGCCGGGCCCACCAAUAAUGCAAAUCAGAAGGAAUUUAGACAGCAUUACGGGAGAGAUCGUAUACGUUCUCACAGAAAGACUGGUCGUAUUUUUAAAGGAAGAGGAAUAUUCCGAUAUCAUACGCCUUCUCGAAGUCGUUCCAGAAGUGUAACGCCGCCCCAUUGGAAGCAAGCUCAGAAUCGUACCAUCAAGCUGCAUGAAUUUCAGAAAAUAGAGAAGGAGCGUAUGAAGAAGGAAGAGGAGCUGAAGCAGCGUGAAGCUGACAGAAUUAAGAGAUUCGGGGAGAACCCCGACGAAGAUAAUCAAGUGUCGGAUAAUCCGGAUAAUAAUAUAUGCCCGGCGGAGUUCAUGGAGGAUAAAGAAAACGAUCAAAUGGACAAGGCAACGGCUGUGAACAAGAUAACGCAGCAGCAAAGCGAUAUCGCGAAGAGGAGCGCGGAAGGGAACAACGUGGUCGUGCAGAACAAAGAGGAGGUCAAGUAUAACAAGAACGAGAAGUCGGUGAGACGCGACGGCAAUCGAUCAUACAGCGACCGAAGCUCCCGGCGCGACUCGCGCGAUAGAAACAGAAGACGCAGGCGUUCUCGAUCAAAAGAUCGCAGGAGAUCCAGGGAGAGAGACUAUGACCGCAGGGGUAGCCGCGAUAGAAGGAACCGGAGAAAUUAUUCCCCUCGCAGACGGGACUCGCACAGAGUCACCAAAACCGGCGGAAGGGAUUAUUACAAGCAUUACGACAAGCGCAACGAUCACAGACGUUCGAAUAACUCCAAUUCCUACCAGGACAACGACUUCAGUUCCCGCUACGACAAGAGCAAACACAAGAGAAACGAUAACAACGUGCAGACGGAUACAACGACUCAGCCGAAAUUUAAGCGCCGCUCGCGGUCGAGCAGUUCCAAUAGCCAGCACUCCAAAGACUAAAUCUCUAUCGUCGUGUUUCACGUUUCUCUUUCCUCUCCAGCUUUCUCUACCCAGCACGAAACAUUCUGUAUUCGCUAUUACCGAUUAUGCUACCGAUAAAGUCAUUCACAUUACUAGUUUGCAGAUCGACAAAUGCUACGGAAAAUGGUAUAUAUAUAUACAUACAUAU